GGAGUUAAAUUAUUUAUCUACUUAAUUCAUAUUGCAGUUAAGAACUGUGGGAAAUCAGUGUUUGCCAAAAGUCCUAGUAGAGACACAGAUGUGAAAGUGUUUCCCGUCAGUCUGUUUUUACAGCUAAGAAAAUCUUUGGUUUUGCUUUGUUUUCUGCAGCUAUUUCAUGCUGUCAACUGCCUGGCAAAAGACAAUGCCCGGUUGCUUGUGCUGGGCCGCAAACACAUGCUGAUUAACUCUUCAAAUUGGAAAAGAGAGAUUAUGAAGGAGAUGCAGAAUAAGGCAGACUUCUUCUUUGCUGAAAAUAUCUCUGAAGAUGAUGCCUUCUUGUUAUAUGCCACUCUUCGAUCAGGCAAGCAUUGCAAGUUUGUUACUAGAGACUUCCUCCGGGAUCACAAGGCUUGUCUUUCCGACAGUAUGACACGUCAUCUGUUCCGUAAGUGGCAGCGUGGACACCAAAUAGUGUUUUCCCCUUCUGUAGAAGGAAAGCAUAUCAAUUUUUUGCCUGCUUUCUGUUACGACUGUGUGGUACAGACUACAGGUGAUACCUGGCAUAUCCCCUAUAAAGACACUUUUGAGGAAAAAUGUUCAUAUCAAGUACCAAGAAAAUGGCUCUGCAUUCAACAGAAAUGA